AAACAGCACCAUCUAGCGGCCAGCCAGUCACUUCCACAUUCCCCGAAAUACACUACAGCUCCCAUGAUGCUUUGCGACGGAGACGGCCAGUCAUGCGGAUGGAAACAAGAGUGGGCAUCCGCGACGCUGCACGAAGAAGAAACUUGGAAGAAAGAUGCACGAAGACGAGGAUGGCGGUGAGCCCAGCUCCGGCCCAGCUCCUCGGCUCGAAGCCUCCGCCAAGGCAGCCGACGUGGAGUCGGCGAAGGAGCAGACGUCCAAGCUAUGCGGCUUCUUGAGCAAACUGUCCGGCAAGGGGCCCUUGAGGGGGUACAAGGCGAGGUGGUUCGUUUACGAUCCCAGGAAAUGUUAUCUGUAUUAUUUCAAGAGUCCCCAGGACGCUUUGCCUCUUGGACACAUUGAAAUCGGCGAUGCGUGCUUCAGCUACGACGUGGAAGCCGAAGAGGGACACUUUCAGAUCAGCACGGCCGGGAAGGAGUUUUUACUUAAGGCCCCCAGCAAGCAGGUGAUGCACUUCUGGCUGCAGCAGCUCCAACAGAAGCGCUGGGAGUUCAGCAACACGCGAGGCUGUGGACAGAGGGACAGCUGGAGCUCUCCCACCUUAGCCCACCCUGUCAGUGGACUUGUUGCCAAAGACAAUGAUGCAUUCCUGUUUGAGAAGCUCAGCGACAGCAUGGAGCAGGUCCGCAGUGACUUUGCCAUGGAGUCGGAGACGGAAGGCGGCGGAACGGUCGGGAUCCAAUCACCCAGAGGGACGUCCGCUUCCACAAAUACCCUCAAUUUCUCGCUGAAGAACUUUGGUACAGAGCUCAGGAACUCCAUGUCAUAUCUGCGGCCGGGUCGGGGAGGCGACAGCAGACGGAGCGUCUUUUACACGGGCAACAAUAGCAGCGCAGACGAAUGGGAGCUGGUGGAAGCUCCUCCCAAAGACUUCCCCGAACACAAACAUCACCCAGAAGUUCACAGACAUUCCUUUGGAUCGGCGUUUGACUUUGUGCGCAACUCGUCCAAGCCCAAGAAGCCUCUGCUCCGAGACAUGAUGGGCCCCGGGAAGUUUGGCCGCAGCGCCGAGAGCUCCCCGGUGGAGUUCAACGGCAAAUCUUUGGAGUUGCAACUUCGCCUCCAAAGCCAGCAGGAAGAAAUGUGUCAAAUGCAACAGCAACAAGCCAAGCUCAAGGAGGAGCUGGCCAGUCAGAAGGAGCUGGUGAGACUUUUGCAGCAGACCUUAAGAACAUCCCAGAGCGAUCGCCAACCAACGCACCGUCCGCCUCCAGAUCCGUCAUCCACCGACUCCGAUCGGACUCACCAUCCGGCGCUAAGCCCGGAGGAGGUGGCACGUUUAGAGAGCCAGGUUGAGGAACGAGACGGACAGAUCCAGUCCCUGUGUGGCCACAUGGAACGUCUGGCCUUGGAGAAGGAGAGCCUCCAGCAAGAGCUGAAAGGUCUGAAAAUCAAAGUAGGGGAGAUUAAUGACCAGCUGGGCAUGCUGAUGGAGACCAUCCAGGCCAAAGACCAAGCCAUCAUAAAACUGUCGCAGCAGAGCUCUGAGCUGAGCGCGACUCCCAAUGAUGCUUCGCCACCUCUCGGGAAAGAACAACAAGAGGUGGACACCCUCAAGGACAGUCUCCAAGGCUAUAAAUCUCAAAACAAGUUCCUAAACAAAGAGAUCCUGGAGCUGACAGUGCUACGCAGAAAUGCAGAAAGUCGGGAGAAGGCAUUGGAAGCAAAGUACACAGCACUGGAGGCCAAGCUGUGUCAGGUGGAGAGUAAGUAUCUGGUGCUGCUACAAGAGGUGAAGAACCCAGUGUGCUCCUCUUCGGAGCAGAGUCCCGCCCGGGAGGUCAUCUCCAGAUUGUUGGAGGACGCCCUACAGUUGGAGAGCCCUGAGCAAGAAGAACACCCCGUCUUUAAACCAAACACUGUCAGUGAAUACGAUGCAUAUGGCUUCAAGACCUUGCCCGAGGAGGAGGAGGAAGAAGAGCGCCUCGUCGCCAAAGUCAGAGCCUUGGAGCUCAAGUCCCUCUCCAUGACGGAUCAGGAGGUGUCCAUCGGCGUCAAGUGGGAGAACCAUCUGGCCGGAACCAUGAACCGAAACUUGCUGCGCUCCCCCGAGCUCAAGUCGUUGAUCCGCUGGGGUAUUCCGCACGAGCAUCGCUCCCACUUGUGGCGCUGGUGCGUCUCCGUCCACGUCAAGAAGUUCCGGGAUACCCUGCCAGCUGAUUAUUAUGAGACCUUACUGAACGUGGCCCAAGACAAGCCCAACCCUGCUUUGAAGCAGAUCGAAUUGGACUUAUUGCGGACUUUACCCAACAACAAGCACUACUCUUCUCCCAGCGCCGUCGGAAUCCAGAAGCUCAGGAACGUUCUGGUGGCUUUCUCUUGGAGGAAUCCUGACAUCGGCUACUGCCAGGGACUAAACAGGCUGGCAGCUAUUGCGUUGCUCUAUCUGGACCAAGAAGAUGCCUUUUGGAGCCUUAUAGCCAUUGCGGAAGUGUUCAUGCCGAGGGAUUACUACACCAAGACUCUGCUCGGCUCGCAGGUGGACCAGCGCGUGUUCAAGGACCUGAUGAGCGAGAAGUUGCCGCGUCUCCACGCCCACUUUGAGCAGCACAAGGUGGACUUCUCCCUCAUCACCUUCAACUGGUUCCUGGUGGUGUUUGUGGACAGCGUGGUCAGCGACAUCCUCUUCAAGAUCUGGGACGCCUUCCUCUACGAAGGUCCUAAGAUCAUCUUUCGCUUUGCUCUUGCUCUCUUCAAAUAUAAGGAAGAGGAAUUUCUGAAGUUGCAGGAUUCCACCACCAUCUUCAAAUAUCUCCGAUAUUUCACUCGCACAAUCCUUGAUUCUAGGAAGCUCAUGAACAUCGCUUUUGUGGACAUGAACCCGUUCCCGAUGAGGCAAAUCCAGAACCGGCGUUCCUUCCAUUUGGAGAAGGUUCGCUUGGAGCUGACCGAGCUGGAGGCCAUCAGGCAGACCUUCCUGCGAGAGAGGGAGACGUCUCAGGACAGACGCAGCUUCCUCAGCGACGACGACGAGGAUAACUAACGUGGCGCGGAACAAGAACAAACAAUUUCUAUUUAGCUGGACCAAUCAACUCGUGGACCAAAAUAUCAUAAUCUAUCAGUAUUCCUUCCCCUUUUGAUAUUUUACAUUGGAUGACUUGUCUUAAGCUGGCUGUCCAAAUCAGUAUUUCUUCCAUCUUGGCUGUUAACAUUUGACAUGUCCAUGUGUAUCUCAAUCAAUUAUGGAAAAUCUCAUUUUAGUGCAAUUGAAAUUGAAGUCUUAAAAUCAAUCAACUUUUCUUUGACAUUGAUUGAGAUGCAUCUGUUUAUAUCAAAUGUUGAAAGACAUUAUUACACGUGCCACUUUGAUUCAUACCUAAUUACCACUUAAGUGGCCAUUACAAGUAUAGCAUCUAUUUUAAUCAACUUGAACAUUUUACUUAUGCGCAAAAAUGUCUUAAUUUCACACAACCAAACAUUUCCGCUGAUUUGAGCUGCUUUUGCUGUUGUAGUUUCAUUCCACGUCCUCAAGGUGGCAGUAUAGAGUGUCCGUUCUUGGACGCUGUUUUAUUUGCCAGUUAAAUCGUUGACUUGUUUUUCCGUCUUCAGUCGAAAAAGUUGUUUUGUGGUUCAAGUUUUUUACUGGCACAUUUUUUAGGUGAUUCCAUUCCACUUUCUGGACAUUGCUGUUAGUUUUGAAAGAUACAAUUUGGGUUUGGUCCUAUUAAGGUGCCAACGUUUUUUCUUUUUUCCUUUUCCUCACUUAUUGUUUAUAGCUUUUUGUAUGUAAAUGCUGUUGGAUCCUUUUGCUGUCUUUUAUUAUUGUGCUGUAUAGUAAUGUCAAGCUAAUGUGCUGUUGUUUUGGUUUAGUCUAAAAAAAAAAAAACAGUAAAUGGAGAGCAGGACUCCUUAAACAGUUUGCAAGAAAGAUGGAAUAAUGUGCGAUAACAUUGGCCAAUUUAUAUAGAAUAAGCUCAAUUCAAAUUGUUUUUCUUUCUUGCUUUUUUGUUGUUGUUGUUGCCAGCAUUGUAUUGCACACUUCUGAUUCUAGGGCACUUCCACAUCACCUAUCAGUGUUCUAUCAGGUACGUCAUAGUUUGUUAUUCUUUUUAAAAAUGCAUUCAUGAAUAAAAACCUCAAAAUGUUG